AUGGCCAUUGUAACAGCACUCCUCGCGCCAGUCCAUCUCCUCUCCUUCUCAACCCUUCUCGGCUCUCAACUGUACCAAACCUUUAUCAUCACAAAAGUCACUUUCAAACACCUCCCACGCACUCCCUACAUCAAUUUGCAAAAGAACCUCUUCCCUAUUUUCUUCCAAGGCCAAGCUCUUCUCCUCUUUCUCACAGCCAUAACACUCCCUCCGUACGGUGCACUCUCACUCAUCGAGCACAAGAGCGAUUGGAUACCCUUUGCGAUAUCUGGGUUUGUCUCGGGACUUAAUCUUAUGGUGUUUGGACCGAGGACGAGACAGUUGAUGCUGGAUCGUGUUGAGCAGGGGACGCUGGAAGGGAAGAUGGCAGAGGGGCCGAGUUCUACGAUGGCCAUUAUCAAGAAGCGAUUUACGACUUCGCAUGCCAUGUGUAUUCAUUUGAACUUGAUUGGUUUAGGGGCUCAUCUUUGGUAUACUUGGAGACUGGCAUCCCGCCUCGACUUUUCACUAUAA